GUUCUGUUACUGCGGUUGGCCCCUGCUCCAGGCAGCCCACUUUUGGACGACAAAUACCGGGACUUCUUUCGCAGCCUGUGGCCCCCGUGGAAGGCAGAGGUCUCAUGCACCAUGCGCCAGACAUAUGGCUGCCUUAGCCCAGGAAUCCUGAAGCUGGACCAGGAGGAGAACCACGGGGUUGUCCCCAAAGGGUGGAUCUGCUCCGACUUCCCAGAGAGGAUGCAGUUUGAGAGCUUCUGCCAGUUCGCCCACUACUGCUGCUUCAAAGGCCAGUUCUAUGUCAAGGUGGGGAGUGGGAUUCAGGACAGGGACCCCAGGGCAGGCUUCUGUCUCACCUCCUGGUGCCCUGCUGGAGUCUACGGGGCUGCAUCCACUACCACCAACCAUGCCAUCGCCGGCUGCCCCUGCCCCUCGCCUCCCAAGCUGGAAUCCUCUGUCCAGGAAGACACAUCGUGGAAGCAACGCCUGUGGAGCAGCAUCUCGAAGCUGAUCUCCUCGGCCCUCUCCACAGAGAACUCAUUGGAUACGCACGGCUCCUCUCCACAGCGCAGCCAGGAGGCAGGGAGCACAGCCGGCACUGCUGAGGAGGCAGCAGAGGCAGCUGCUCCCCAUGGCAGCCCCAGGGCAGGCUUCUGUCUCACCUCCUGGUGCCCUGCUGGAGUCUACGGGGCUGCAUCUGCUACCACCAACUGUGCCAUCGCCGGCUGCCCCUGCCCCUCGCCUCCCAAGCUGGAAUCCCCUGUCCAGGAAGAGACAUCGUGGAAGCAACGCCUGUGGAGCAGCAUCUCGAAGCUGAUCUCCUGGGCCCUCUCCACAGAGAACUCAUUGGAUACGCACGGCUCCUCUCCACAGCACAGCCCGGAGGCAGGGGCAGGGAACUCACCCGGCACUGCUGAGGAGGCAGCACAGGCACCUGCUCCCCAUGGCAGAUGGACAAAGCUAGGCAGCAGAUCCUGCUUGAUUUCCUCCCUCCUUUUCUCUGUCAACCUUUCAGACCUCAAGAAUGACGAGGCAGUGAUGAUCCUGUGCUCUGUGGUGAUGAAGGAAAACUGUCUCACAUCACUGCUCACCAAGUCUUGGAAGGAGCUAGAAGAGAGACUCUUUGGCUUUGGAGAUUCGGUGUGUGACAGCAUGGGUCGGCGCCACAUGGACCUGCACCCUCACUCUGCUUUCUGUUCGCUGAAGAUGGAGCAGUGUCAGAACAGGAAAAACCUGAAACGCGUUCACUGUGAUUCAAGCAACUUUACCAACUACAUCAGCCCUCAGGUCUCAGCCCAGCUCCAGGCUGCAGAGAAGGAGACCAGCUCCUCACAGCCCUUGCAGGUCAACAAAACGGAGAAUUUAGGAGGGCAGAGGGUAGAGCAGUGGUGCAGCCGGAUAGCGAGCCGUGGUUGUGAAGAUCCUCGUGUGUCUCUGUGGUUGAAGGCAGAGUACAAUGCCUUCCAAGAAGGAGAUGCCCCAGCCCAGGUGGGUGCCCAGUAGAUGCUCCCAUUCCUCCUCCUCCUUCUCUGGCCUUCAUUCCCAUCUCCCCAGAUCUGCGACUCAAAUGGAGUGAGGUACCCGAACUACUGCACCUUCAAGAACCACCUUCAAGAAAGGGUUUUUUUGCUGUGCUUUGGGGUUGUUUUCCCCGCUUGCACUUUUGAACUAAAGGUCUGUCUCUUCAGCUGAUGGGGGUCCUCUUUCCCUGCGGGCAGGAUGGGCAGUGGUAUUAGUCCUACAAACUGGGGCUCUCCUUGCAGGUGUCUCGCCACGGCUGCCAGAGAAAUGAGAGCUACCGAGUGCUGAGUGAGAAGGAGGGAGAGGAGCAGGUGCAGCUGUGGCGCCAGAAGUUCCACAGCCUGUGGAUAACAGGCUGAUGCACAGGAGCAGGAGCACGCGUGGGAAGCACAGCGCUCCAGGGCAUUCCCUGUGCUGAAUGCCACUCCCCACCUUGACGUAGAACUGGCCUUUGAAGCAGCAGUAGUGGGUGAACUGGCAGAAGCUCUCAAACUGCAUCCUCUCUGGGAAGUCGGAGCAGAUC